AUGAACGGCAUGUGCACCUUUGACCCGGCAUCUCUGCACGCAUUGGCCGCCGAGAUCUUCAAACUUGUCUCAUCAUCAUGUGGCACAUCUUCAGAGGAAUGGGUCGAGUGGCUGCGGGUGCCGCUGAACUGUGCCGUAACCAGUGGCAACGAAGACCUUGUGACGAGGCUCCUCGACACCGGUGGUGAUGUCAACCGGCUGGACCACUUAGGGAGAUCGACGACGCUUAUCUCGGCCGGAGCUGACGUGAACGAUCGAGAUCCGGCGGAAGGAUGUUAUCCCCUCCAUGCCGCUGUGCGUCGGGGGUGCGACCGUGUCGUAGCUGACUUACUCGCAGCGGGAGCCGCUCCAAACAACACAGACGGUGAAGGUAUUUCGCCGCUCUUCCUGGCGUGUCAUCAAGGCGACGAAUCCUCCGUCAAGAACCUCCUGGCUGCCGGUGCGGAGUUUACUUUUGAGAGUUGUGCUGGUUAUGUGGUUAUCGCGUCAGAGGUCUUCCCUAAUGCAGAGAUAAAUGUGGCCACACAGCUAGGGCAUGUCGGUGUUAUCAAAGCCUUCUUAGAGCAUGGGGUUGACGCCAGUAGUCAAGCUUGCCCUGCAAGUGGCUGGACCGCUUUGCAUCAGGCGGCCCUUGACAACCAAGCAGAGGCAGUGGAGGUGCUUCUUGAAGCCGGGGCCGAUGCUGACGUGGAAUCGCUCCCUGGUUCGCCCUGCUACGACACCCCUCUUCUCGCCGCCGCUGAAAGCAUGUCCAACGAGGCCCUGCGCGUACUGUUGCGAAACGGAGCCGAUCCGAAUAAACCAGACGACAAUGGGUCCAUGCCAUUGCAUCUCGCAGCCCAUGAGCAAACACCAGGCGUAAUGGAAGUAGUGGAUCUUUUGCUGAGAUGGGGGGCGUCAGAGACGGCUGUCAAUAAGCACGGCAACACACCUGCUGAAGUAUUCCAAAGGCUGGCAAUCCACCGCCCUGACGCCACAGAGGAGAGGGCGGGCGCGCUCGUGCUACUGGCGCGUGCUCCAGCGGACAGAGCAUGGCGCCGCCGCGGCUGGGUCGUCAUGCUUCGUGCGCGGUCCGAGACGGAGAGGAUAGCGGCCCAACGACGAGGGCUCUUCAAGUUCAGAAGGCGCUCCAAGCACCGACGAGCCCGUGUGUCUCAAACGGGCUCAUGA